AAGAUAAAGUAUCAACGGCACCUGGAGCGAACGUCAAAGGAAUAUCAAGGUCCAAGAGAAAAGCAGGCAGCAGCCUCGGUUAGACAUCAUGACGGACAAAGAUGAUCUCAAUAAAGAACGUAAAAGCAGAGGAAAGAGUAAAGAAGUGUUUGGCUACCCAAUCAGCAUCUUUUUCAUUAUAGUAAAUGAGUUCUGCGAGAGGUUCUCCUACUAUGGAAUGCGAGCUGUCCUGGUGCUGUACUUUAAGUACUUUUUGAGAUGGGACGAUGACUUGGCCACCUCCAUCUACCACACCUUUGUGGCUUUCUGCUACCUGACCCCCAUUCUCGGGGCCAUUGUUGCCGACUCCUGGCUCGGGAAGUUUAAGACUAUCAUCUAUCUGUCGAUUGUUUAUGCGAUUGGCCAGGUGGCGUUGGCUGUCAGCGCAAUCCAUGACAUCACUGACUCAAACAGAGAUGGGACACCAGACAAUCUGACCUUUCAUGUCGCGUUGUCCAUGGUGGGUCUCCUGCUCAUCGCUCUGGGGACUGGCGGUAUCAAACCCUGUGUGGCUGCCUUCGGUGGAGACCAGUUUGGAGACACCCAGGAGAAGCAAAGACGAACUUUCUUUUCAGUCUUCUAUCUCUGCAUUAAUGGCGGAAGUCUCCUGUCAACCAUUAUAACUCCCAUCCUAAGAGCUCAGGAAUGUGGCAUCCACAGUAAGAGCAAGUGUUACUCUCUUGCUUUCGGAGUUCCUGCCGCCCUGAUGGUGGUUGCUCUUGUGGUGUUCAUCAUGGGUAGCGGUAUGUACUAUAAAGCUAAACCAGAGGGGAACAUCAUGUUAAAAGUGUCUAAAUGCAUAGGGUACGCGAUUAAAAAUCGGUACAGACACAGAAGCAAAAGAUAUCCAAAGAGGGAGCACUGGAUGGACUGGGCCGAGGAAAAAUAUGAUAAACUCCUCAUUGCUCAAAUCAAAAUAUCGCUGAGGGUUCUCUUCCUGUACAUCCCACUGCCCAUGUUCUGGACCCUUUUCGAUCAAAAGGGUUCGAGGUGGACUCUACAAGCCACCACGAUGAAUGGACAUUUUGGGUCAAUUGUGAUACAGCCUGAUCAGAUGCAGACGAUCAACCCCAUCCUGAUCCUGACUCUGGUUCCUAUAAUGGACAGCCUCAUAUAUCCUCUGAUUAGAAAAUGUGGUCUGAACUUUACACCUCUGAAAAAAAUGACUGUGGGGAUGAUUCUGGCAGCUCUUGCCUUUGUCGCUGCAGCGAUGGUCCAGCUUCAGAUUGAUAAAACUUUGCCCGUCUUCCCAUCGAAGUCCCAGAGUCAGCUGAAGUUACUUAACAUGGGGAAUGCUUCAAUCACAGUCCAUCUUCAAGGCAACGAUCUGGUGAAUCUUCCUGGAGCUCAGGCCAGCGAAGAAUACUUCGAAUUUGACCGUAGUCAAAUCGACGUUUCAGUUGUUGGUACUGAGGUUUCAAAAAUUGUUUUCCUAGCCAGAGGACAGCGACACACUCUGCUCAUUCCUUCAGACAUCAAUAAUGAGUGGCAGCUGGCUGAUGAUUUGACUUAUAAGCCACAACAAGGAAGCAAUGAAAUCCGAUUUAUAAAUGGAUUGAGUGAACCGCUGAACGUCUCUUCGGCUGCAGUCAAUUUGGAAAUUAUAAACCCAUUUCAUUAUUCCAGCUACUCCCUGAUACAAAGUGGAAGGGCAACGUUCACCUUGCAGAGUGGGUUGCAGUCAUGUGAAUACAGCAAGGAUUUUGGAUUUGGAGGCUCAUAUACUUUCUUCGUCCCCAGCACAUUAAAAUUUGGCUCUAAUUGUCAGGAGUCCAUAACUGAGAUAGUGAACAUAAAGCCAAACUCGGUGCACAUGGCCCUCCAGAUCCCACAGUACUUCCUCAUCACUGCUGGAGAAGUGAUGUUUUCUGUUACUGGCCUGGAGUUCUCCUAUUCACAGGCACCCAGCAACAUGAAGUCAGUCCUGCAGGCAGGCUGGUUGUUGACCAAUGCCUUUGGAAAUUUUAUCGUCCUCAUUGUGGCAGAGAUUGCAAAACUUCCAAAACAGUGGACAGAGUAUAUCCUGUUUGCCUGUCUAUUGGUGGCGGUCUGCAUCAUUUUCUCCAUUAUGGCAAGCUUUUACACCUACAUCGACCCCACAGCAAUCGAGGCCCAGUUCAAGAAAGCCCAUGACACUGACGACAGAGAAGAUAAGAAGAGAAAUUCAUCAAGUAGUGAUGAUGAAGACCAUCAGUCUGACCAAACCAGUAUGUGAGCCACAGCCAUCGGGAGCUAAAUCUAUGAUGUUAAAGGGGAAAUAUCAUACAAAAUCCACUUUUGUAGCUGUUAAAUACAUUUUGCUGUGCACUUGGAGUCUCUAGGAAGGCAGAAAGGUUUAAUAUAGACUCCUCCUCUGUAGAGAUAUUUUCAGAUUCUGUUUGGAUGAUAUUUUUUUUAAGCCUUCCACUUUUCUCUAAUCUCUUUUACGAUUUUUGAACUAUAACAUCAAAGCAUCUGCCGCAGAGCUGCUAAACAAGGUUAGGGACUUCAGAGUAACCAAACGAAUACACCAUCUUUAUUUUCCGCUACAAUUUUGCAGUACAAGCUCAAGGAUGCCGAAUCUACAAGUUGAUAAGAGAAAAUGUUUAGUUUUUAGGUGUAUUAACCAACAUAAUUACACCGUUACUCAACAAACUGAGGGGGGUGGGGUACCUCCUUUGCAUUUAAAGAGACAGUACCAAAACAAGUUGCUCCCAGACCAACCUCAAAACAGGAGCGAAAGAGGGGCCAUGGGGCAACAGUACUGGAGAAUUCAGACCAAAACAUUGCAGUUCCACUUUAUAUAGACCACAGACAAAUUAUUUACAUUUGAAAAGGAAGAACUUAAAAUCAUGAUAUGUCCCCUUUAACACCAGUGUUGGAAUUUAUGAUGAGUGUAAAUUAUUUACAUUUGAAAAGGAAGAACUUAAAAUCAUGAUAUGUCCCCUUUAACACCAGUGUUGGAAUUUAUAAUGAGUGCAAAUUAUUUACAUUUGAAAAGGAAGAACUUAAAAUCAUGAUAUGUCCCCUUUAACACCAGUGUUGGAAUUUAUAAUGAGUGCAAAUUAUUUACAUUUGAAAAGGAAGAACUUAAAAUCAUGAUAUGUCCCCUUUAACACCAGUGUUGGAAUUUAUAAUGAGUGUAAAUUAUUUACAUUUGAAAAGGAAGAACUUAAAAUCAUGAUAUGUCCCCUUUAACACCAGUGUUGGAAUUUAUGAGUGUAAAUUAUUUACAUUUGAAAAGGAAGAACUUAAAAUCAUGAUAUGUCCCCUUUAACACCAGUGUUGGAAUUUAUAAUGAGUGUAAAUUAUAGAUAUUUUAUAUUGUAAUGAACAAAGGACGUUGUACGCUAAGAAAAGUCAGACAUGUGAAAAAUGCAUUUAGUAUAACAUUAUAAAUUAAUCUUGACUUCAGUGUUGGAAGAGGGAGUGGGUUUACAUUCCAUGUGUUCAUUUUCUAAGUCAGAGUGCAACAGAAUGUGUCUUUUUAAGUGCAACUUGUGUCAAAAUUAGCAUUACAUUUUACUACUACCUUGUUUUUUUACUUACCAUUUUUGAGACUUGAGCUCCAAAUUCCUUGAGAGUGGAAUCACGAUAAAUCUUUGCUUCACAGUUCUGAUGCUUUACAUCAGUUAAAAUUAGAUUUUUUUUAUAUAUAGUUUGGAAGCUGAUUCUAGCAUUGUAGAAAAGAACAUUUCCGUUUAUUUACGGUUGGGAUCCUUAAUUUGCAGUGAGAGAGCUUUCAUAUCUGGGACACUUGUACAUGGCAAUGCUGCAACUAUACGCACUUAAGACUAUUUUCUUCCCUCAGUUGAUACAUUUUCUAUUUUAUCUCCUAAUAUAUAAACCAUGUUUACCAAAUUUGUAAGACAUAAGACAGAGAUCGUGGUAUUUAAUAAUUACUGAAUACCCUGCAUUGCCUUCCAUCAAACUGUUU